CAAGGUCGUGCGCGUUGUAUUCACUGCGCUCCUGAUCGACCUCCUCGCCUUUACCAUGCCGUUACCCCUGUUCCCGCGCAUCAUGGAGGACUUUGUGCGGCAAGAAGCGAUCGCCCCGUCCUCGACGCCGACCCUCCUCUCGCGCACCAUGUCGCUCGUCCGCGCCCUGCGGUCCUACCUGUUCUCGUUUGCGGCGGCAACGGUGGCACCCACAGCACCCACAGCGGCGACGGCGGCGGGCGGCGGCGCAGUCGGCGACUCGCGGUGGGACCUCACGCUCCUUGGCGGGCUCCUCGCGUCCCUCUUCUCGUUCUGCCAGUUCCUCGUCUCGCCCUACAUCGGCCGCCUGAGCGACCGGUACGGGCGGCGCACCGUCCUCCUCGCCACCAUGGUUGGCAACCUCGCCUCGGCCGUCCUGUGGCUCGUCGCGUCUCGGUUCGAGGUGUACGCCCUGAGCCGCGUCGUCGGCGGCUUGAGCGAGGGCAACGUCCAGCUGUCGAUCGCGUGCAUCACGGACGUGACGACGCCCGAGGAGCGCGCUCGCGCCCUCGCCCUCGUCGGCGCCGCCUUCUCGCUCGCCUUUACCGCCGGGCCCUCGAUCGGCGCCUACCUGAGCCAGCGCGCGUUCGGGCCCGGCAGCGUCAUCGCCGUGCCGCGCAUCCUCGGCCUCGGCGGCGGCGAGGUCCAGCUCAACGCGUACGCCGUGCCGGCGGCCAUGACGGUCGUCCUCCUGGCGUUCGAGACGGCGUACCUGUGGGCGCGCCUGCCCGAGACGCGCGGGUGGACAACGGCGGCGACUGCGCGCGACGACAAGGCCGACUCGACCUCGUCGAGCAUCUCGCCCGCACCGCCCAAGCCCUCCUCCCCAGCCCCUUCCUUCGCUCCUCGCCCGCUCGCCGACCCGGCCGCCCGCCUCGCCCACCUCUCGACCACCCACCUCCUCUUCCUCUUCUGCUUCUCCGGCGCCGAGUUCACCCUCUGCUUCCUCACCCACGCCCUCUUUUCGGCGUCCAACGCGCAAAACGGCCGCCUGCUCGGCUUUAUCGGCCUCGUGUCGGCCGCGCUCUCGGGCGGGUACGUCCGGAGGCUGAAAGGGACGACGAGUGGGAGCGUGAGGCUCGCGCAGAGGGGCAUGCAAGCGUGCGCGGCCGCGCUCGCAGUGCUCGCCGUGCUCCCUGGGCUCGUCGCGCGCGGCGGCGGCGGCGAGGGUGAGGGCGGGGGCAAGGGCAGCGGCACGGGCACGGGCGCAGCGAGAGCGCUCCUGUGGGUCGCGGCCGCCCUCCUCGCGUUCGUGAGCGCGAGCGUCGUCACGUCGCUCUCGGCGCUCGCGAGCGCCGCUGCCUCGUCCCCCUCGUCUCCCUCGUCGUCGCGCGCCUCUUCUGGUCCGGGCGCCACGAGCACGAGCGCGAGCAGCAGCAGCAGCAGCACGACCAGCAGCACUCGCACGAGCCCGAGCAGCACCAGCAGCGGCGCCGCCCUGGGCACGUUCCGCUCGCGCGGCCAGCUCGGCCGCGCGCUCGGCCCGCUCGUCUUUACCGCGCUCUGGUGGGUGUGCGGGCCCGCCGUCGCGUACGGGCUCGGGGCGUUUGCGCCCGCCCCUUGCCUGUCGGUACGCUAG